CGCGCGCGCGCCCCCGGCCCCGAAUGUUGUGAAUCGAGCGCCCCGGCCGCCGCCGCUCCCCGUCGGGUCUUAAAGGGCCAGAGGCCGGGGCGGGGCGGGGCCGGGCGCCGCCCCCCCCCCCACACCGAGCCGCGGGACCCAGGCGCAGGCUGUGAGGUGCUGGUGUCUCGUCCCGCUCGGAGCCUGAGGCCCGGCGCGCCCUUCUGCCUCCCCAACGUCACCAAUGCGACCAUGGGAACUGGCAGUCAAUAGGCGGCCUCCCUCUGCCCCCUUCAACCCGUGGCGUUUCUCGGGGGGACCCUGCAGCAGCCCCGAGCACCUCAGGCGAAGCCCCCCUUCCAGGCGUCUGUGGGGACGACGUGACCGACCUCUGCAAACCCUGCUGGCCCAGGAUGAGAACUACCUGCACCCUGCCUUCCCCUCCCCGCAGCAGCAUCUCCCUGUAGAUGAGCCUCGAGCGUACGCUCUCGCCAGCACGCCGCCACGAAUGCUUCACCCAGCUGCUCACCCGCCCCACCAGAGCCCAUUCAUGGUGGAUCUCCACGAGCAGGUGCACCAGGGCCCUGUCCCCCUCUCCUACACGGUGACCACGGUAACGACGCAGGGCUUUCCUAUCCACGCAGGCCAGCACAUCCCCGGGUGCAGCACGCAGCAGCUCCCCGCAUGCUCAGUGAUGUUCAGCGGGCAGCAUUACCCACUCUGCUGCCUCCCGCCCCCGCUCAUCCAGGCAUGUGCCAUGCAGCAGCUGCCAGUCUCCUAUCAGACGUUCCCGCCCAUCCUCUCCAGCGACCAUUACAUCCUGCACCCGCCCCCGCCAGUGCCGCCGCACCAGCCCCCACACAUGGCCUCCCUCGGCCAGUUCCUGCCGCUGCAGGCCCAGCACCCGCGCAUGCCUCUGCAGAGGAUAGACAAUGAAGUGGAGUUGCGAGGGGAGCAGCAUCCCAUUGGAGGCUUCGCCUACCCGCCUUCUCCCCACGCCCCAGCACUGUCCCCCUCCGUCCCGCUGCAUUACCUCCCCCACGACCCGCUGCACCAAGAUCUGCCAUUCGGCGUGCCAUACCCGCCCAUGAUGCCACGGCGUCUGAAUACCCAGCGAUACCGACUGCAGCAGCCACUGCGCCCCCCCCCACCGCCGCCACCCCCCUACUACCCCAGCUUCCUGCCGUACUUCCUCUCAAUGCUCCCCGUGUCGCCAACGGCCGUGGGGCCCACGCUCAGCCUCGACCUGGAUGUGGACGAUGUGGAGAUGGAGAAUUACGAGGCGUUACUGAACCUGGCUGAGCGGCUGGGCGAGGCCAAGCCGCGAGGCCUCACCAAAGCAGACAUCGAACACCUCCCAUCGUACCGCUUCAACCCCGAGAGCCACCAGUCGGAGCAGAGCCUGUGCGUCGUGUGCUUCAGCGACUUCGAAGCAAGGCAGCUGCUCCGGGUUCUGCCCUGCAACCAUGAGUUCCACGCCAAGUGUGUCGACAAAUGGUUAAAGGCGAACCGCACGUGCCCGAUCUGCCGGGCGGACGCGUCCGAGGUGCACCGGGAGGCCGAGUGAGGCUCACAGACCCUCUGCCGCACAAUUCACUAGAGGAAGAGGACCUUGGGCGAGGGGCCCGGGCCACCAGCCCGCCCCCUGGGCCCGACCGUGUGCUUAGCCCCAAGGCUCUCCUCGGCUGUGGUGAGAAUAGAAGCAAUCUAGGGUCCCGGACACCCCUCCUCCUCUCCCUGGGCCUGGUGCACUCCCUGUGGCGCCGGAGCUGGCCCUGGAAUGGUGCUGGGGGUGUGGGCGGAGGCGCCUCCCCGUGCUCCGUGCACCCCAAAGACACCGGCCUCGCGCCAUCGCUUUCCGCUCUUUGUAUCUGUUGGGUUUGGGUUUUCUCUUGAGUUUGCGUUUGUGGCUGCGUGACCCAGCCCCGCAUGUGGCGCCUGCCCCGGGCACGGCAAGGACAGCACUGGAGGAAGCCUGGCAGGUUUGAUCGCACCAGCAGCCCGAAGCAGGAGGGCCAGGCGAGCUGCCCGGGAUGGACGGAGCCCUGGCGGGCAGCAGGAGGAAAUGGUCAGUGGUGCACCAGGCACAGCAACCCGAGGCAUUACCAGGGGCCAGGCCUCUCCCACCCCCUAGUCCAGCCUCCCAUGGAGAGUGGGUCGGGCUGGGCCUGGCUUGUCCCAGUUCCACUGUCCUUCCCUUUCCCUGGGCCGGCCGGCCGCUCUGCCAGGAGUGAGGGGCGGGGGUGGGGAAGCAGGCUGAGCUCCAGCUAUACUCUUCCCGCGCCUCGCUGACCCAUCCCUGCCUGUGUGCCCGGUGGGAGCCCCCCGCACCGUGGCUGGAGAGCAGCCAUCCCCGAGUGAGGACCCUGCAUGCCACACGUCCCAGCUUGCCGGGCAGGGGCCCCGGAGCGGGCUCCUAUCUCAUUUUUAGAUAUUCUCGAGGUGAAUUGUAACUGCCCUGUGCAGAGGGUGACGGAGGAGCCUCCCGUGCCCCCAGUCCUGCUACGGCUGCUCUGUGCUGAGCUGUCGGGCAGCUGCAAGGCUCCCAGCAGGGCCCAGCGCUGAGCGGUGGUGGGGGUGAGGGGGGCAGCAGGUGGGCAUUGAUUUAUGGAUCUUCCCUUCCCCCAGCUUGUAUCAUGGAGAAGCUGAGCUGGUGCUCCCCCUCCCCUCCCUCUGCCUCUGCCUCCACCCCAGCCCGGGGAGAAGGUGCCCUGGUAAUGCCUCUGCAUGAUCUAUUGCUUGUGCCCUGGGUCUGGUCCUGUGGGCGUGCGCUGUGCUGCCCAGACACCUCCCAGUCAAAGCCAGGGAGCGGCCAACCCGGUGCCCGAAGUGUUUGUUGUGGAAGUUGUGUUGCAUGAUGUAACGAGAAGAACUGUCUUCCUGGGGCGGGGGAGACGGACGCCGGCCGCAGGUCGACGUUCACUAUAUGCAUGCGUGCCUGGGCGGCUUGGAACGUCAUAUUGACUCCCUGGCCAGCGGGGGCGAGGGACUCUGUGCUCGGCUGAUUACUGCCGGGCACCGGACUGCACAUGGCCAGCACCUCUGGAGGACCGUAAGACUUUCAGGACAUUUCCCCCCUCCCCCCAAGGUAAACUGAGUCAGGAGGAGUCCAGGGAGGAGGAGCCAGCUUAACCAACAAAGGCAUGCUGAUGUUCCCUCUCCACCGGCCAGAGGUGAGAAGCUGGGGGGGAGGGAGGCGUCAGAGAGAGCAGCACCCCCUUCUCAGUUGCUGUGCCCCACCCCUCCCCCAGCUCACUUGCACCUGGGGCGAGGGUUGGCUGCCAGAAUGGCCCCCGGUUCUCUGAGCUUCCCACAGGUAGACUGGGGCUUUGCACCCUCCCCCAGGGUGGAGCGGGGCAGGGAGGUGGGACUGUCUGCUGCUGGGAAGCCCUGGCUGGGCCAUGGUGGCCGUAGCUAGGACAGGAAGCGGGUGGGGUGAGGGGUUUUGUGGAUGGGGAGUGGUGGGGGCUCCCCUUUUUAAAACAGCGGGUCAGUGCUAUGCGCUGGCUCAGCAAUACUGUGCUCUGGAGCGGGGGGGAGGGGCGUCCAGGGAUGUAGCCUGGGGGACUGGGCCGGGUCCCCACAGCCAUGCAGGGUUUGGGGUUGGGCAGCAGGAGCCGGGCUGCUCACUGGAGUUCCUGACUGGGGGUGAGGGGUCCCAGGAAGCCAGACCCCCAGUGGUCGGUGCUGGGGGGGAGCUGGUGUUCAGAAUCCAGCUGGCAGCGUGUGGGCGGGGGGCUGUGUCCCAGGAGGAUGGUCCCCCAGCCACCCCCCCCCAGCUUAGCUCAAGGUGGAGCUGGGAGCCUCCCAGCCUGGCCCCUUCAGGCCUCUUGCACCGUGAGCCUGGGUUGUGGCAACAGCGAAGGCCCUUCCUGCUCUUGUGGCCAGCAGGAUCGUGAUGGUCUCCAGACGCACCCAGCUGCUCCAUUAUGCACAAUCCAGAUUGUGGCGGAAGCUUUCACACUGCCCCGGGAGAGCUGCCCUUCCAGCCGGCUGAGGCAGGGGGCUGGGGUUUGCUCUGGGGCCAGCCAGCAGCUCCCCUGGCUCCUCCUGCCUGCCAGGCCAGCGCCGGCUCCUGAGCUCGGGCAACCCGCACAGACACCAGCAGCCCGGCCAGCACCCCCUCCCCCAGCUUUCCACCGACACGAAUAACCAAAGGUCUCUUCUGUACAUAGCCGCAGUGACGUGUCUCUGUGUAGAGCCACUCGGCGCAGUGUUGGCACCCCCAGUUUUAAAGCCCCUUUACAGCUGCCCUGUGAAAAGCCUUACGGUUCUUUUGAUGGUGACUCGAAAGCUCACAGCUCAUGUGCUGCAGAAUUUAUUCCAAUGAGCAGCUAAAGUCUCAUUUAAAAACAGCCCCCCAAUUAUUUAGGAUGUUUGUGAUUGCUGAUUGCGCUGUAGAUACCACUGUUACCAAUGAGUCCCUGUGGUGGGGUAGUGGACUGUUCACUGUUCUAUUAUUCCAGUCCCCGGGCCCUCCAGAGGGAAAGCUCGGCGCCUCCCCCACAGUGAGGCAGCCCCCCUGGACGGUGCUAGGAUGUGUGUUCUGUGUUAGAAAGGUUUAUAUAUAUAUAUAUAUAAAUAUAUAUAUAAUUUUUUUGCUCUGUUACUUGCACAUUUUACAGUUACCUCAUCUUCCCAUGUAUGUAUUUGAGAAAAGGCUAAUAUAUAGAGAAAAAGGUUCUUAAAGCUCUAAAAGUGUUUGUUUUUUUUCCAUUCCAUUGGACUCAUAUUGGUUUUGUAGCAUUUAACAUACCUAGUCUGUUGUAUUAUAUAUAUGUGUAUUAUACGGAUUGAAAUUUUUAACAGAUUUGUACUUUUUUUAAAAUGAAAGUUGCUAGUUCGGCUUGAUCAAGUAGUGCAAUCAUUAUUUUUUUUAAUGUUGUGGCUGAUUUUGAGAGGGAUAUUCACUAAUAAAUGUAUGAUGUAUACCA